AUGCUCAAGGUAAGCCAUCGGCUACGCAAAAUUGGAGGUUCCGCGUCGGUCGACAGAGAGUGGCGAUCUCACCUCAUGCAAACACAACAAUACCAUAAUUUAUUCAACAGCCAAUUCCCGACGGUGAAGACGCAACUGGGCAAGAUAUCUACCGAGCUCGACAAAAGCCUCCGAGAAAUCACAGAAAAAGAAGAAGCUAUUGGUCAUCUCUUCGACAACAAAACUGAGAGCUAUCGCCAGAUGGCUGCCGCUCACGAGCAGAAGACCAAGGAAUACCACGAACUGAAUGACGUUAUAAUGAACUUGCAAAUAGAACUUAAGUCAAUCACCGAUUCUCUCGAGCAGACUCGCAACGAGAUGGAACAACGAUCAAGUACGGUGACCGACACACAACCCCUGGUGAAGCUGAAGGAUACCAUCAAGAGGAUGAAAGCAGAAAUGAGACAGAUGGACCUUCGUAUUGGAGUGGUUAGUCACACGCUGCUACAGACAUAUUUGAAGACCCCUGAGGAGCAGGAAAACCAUGGGCCUCUAGUAGGUGUUAAUGGCGAUCUUUGA